UCAAUACAAACCAUCACACAGAGGACAAACACUACCUGCAACAUGGAGUGAUGCUUUACAGGACCAAUAAUUGCUAGAUAAAAACAAUUAUUGAUUUAGUCUACAGCCAGGAAAACUAUUUGAAAACUAUUUGAAAUUUCCCAUUUUGUAGAUCACAUGCUAAAAAGCUACAGGUACCCAGUGGAGUGAAAUCAAGAGUGGGGUGACAUGAGCCCUCUUUGGCUGAUUGAUGACUAGACAUGUGGCUGUGUUCUGGACCAUCUGCUGUGGCUUAAUCCUGCUAGUUGGGAGGCCGGCCAACAGAGCAUUACAGUAGUCCAGUUUUGAGAUGACCAGAGCCUGGACCAGAAGCUGUGCAGCAUAUUCAGACAGGAAAGAACAGGAUGCUGUUUGGUCCAGGGUUGACUGCCCUUUUCCUAUGUGGAUUGUUUGCAUACACCAGCUGCGACUCCUGCAGGUGCGUGACUUUACCAUUUAAAGGCGUGAGGGUGGACUGUAACUCGCAGGGUUUGAGAACUGUCCCUCAACUUCCUACAAACAUCACAGAGCUGCUGCUGCAACACAACCUGCUGACCAGCAUCACUCCAGGACACUUUGACACGCUCCACAACCUGCGGCUACUUGACUUAUCUGGCAAUCCUUUCCACUGUGACUGCAGUAUCCAGUACUUAACACACUGGCUGAAGAGAAAUAAAGCGAUUUCUGUGAUGCCCGUGUGUGCCAGUCCUGCAGAACUCGCUCAUAGGUCCAUUGAUGGCCUCAGUGAUGCUGAUUUCUUCUCCUGUGUGUCUGAUAACUGCUCUGGAUGGAUGUAUAACACUGUGUUAUGUUUCAUGCUUUGUUUCCUCGUUGGUUUGCUGCUGUGGUGCCUGAAACUAGCCAGAAACUCGAUGUUUACUCUGGGAAUUGAUGAGAGACACUCUGGAUUUGAAGCUGAAUCGCUUCGGUCUCUCAAACCCAAACACAGAGUGAAGGCCAGACGCAGUAUUGUGUCAUUGAUGACAGGAAGUGAUGACAUAGACAAACCUUUAUUAAACAUGGACAUUCUGCCUCAGAUACUGGACGUCCUGCACAAGCAACACAACAUCAAGAUUAAAGUACCAUAAAGGACUGAACCACAUUCUGGGCUUGCUUUCAUCAUCUGUGUCUAAAUCAUAUACUUUAUCAAAAUUUGGCCUUAUUUCAAUUAUGUAAAUGUCAUGUAAAUGCAUUUACCUGAUUGCCAUAACCAGAUUAAUCCAGUAGUUUCUAGAAAUCUGAAUAAGGUUCUGAAUAAGCUCACAUGUGCCUGUAUAAAUCAGAGUUUUGGUGACAACACCUUAUUCAGAAUUUCUGCUGUAACUGAAUAUUCAUUUAUAUAUGUGCAUGUCCAAACAAAUGGGUCAUUCUGUGUGAUAUUAGCUAUAGACAGCUGUGAAAAUUCUAGCUGUUUAAGAAACAUAUUAGAGGAGAUAUAAUAUUUUUCAAACAUUAAAAGAAACAUCAUGGCCUACA